CAGAGGCAGCGGUCGGCUGCGGGCCACGGGCAGCACGCCGAGGAGGCCGCGCCGGCGUUCAUGGCACCACGGUUGAAAAGGCCCGAUCGCAGGUACAGUCAGUGGCGCUGCAUGGUCAACGCCGUGCUUCUAGCCGUCAUUGUCACCGUGCCGCCGAUGAUCUUUCUCUUCCCCGCACGCACCAGCACGCCGCCGGUCUGGAUCAGCGCCGCAAAGGCCUUACGCCCAGGAUCAGUGACAGGACACGACAGGCUUCUCGGCGGCCUCCUGGCCGACGGCGUCGACGAGCGGUCCUGCCACAGCAGGUACCAGUCCGCCAUGUACCGCCGGAAAGCCGGCAGGCAACCGUCCCCUUACCUCGUCUCCAAACUGCGGCAGCACGAGGCUCUGCAACGACGAUGCGGCCCGGGCACCGGCGCCUACAGCGACGCCGCUGAGCAGCUCCGGUCUGGGAAUAGACGCGACGGCGGCACCGUGUCGCCGGACUGCAAGUACCUGGUCUCGAUAUCAUACCGCGGCGUCGGGAACCGGAUCCUUGCCGCCGCCGCGGCGUUCCUGUACGCGGUGCUCACCGACCGCGUGCUCCUCAUCGACCCCAGCAACGAGAUGGGCGAGCUGUUUUGCGAGCCAUUCCCCGGCACGACGUGGCUGCUGCCGCCGGACUUCCCGCUGACGAGCUACACCAACUUCAGCAUCGACACCCCCGAGAGCUAUGGCAACAUGCUUAAGAGAAAGGUGAUCAGUGCCGCGUCGACGACAACGCAGCAACUACCGGCAUUCGCGUAUGUCCAUCUCGACAACCACCUCACGGAUGAAGACAAGAUGUUCUUCUGCGACGAGGAUCAAAGGGUUCUCCGGGACAUCCGGUGGCUGGUGAUGAGGACGGACAGCUACAUCGUGCCGGGACUGUUCCUGACCACAGGCUUCCAGCCGGAGCUCGACAUGCUCUUCCCGGAGACGGACGCCGUGUUCCACCACCUGGUCCGGUACCUGUUCCACCCCAACAACCACGUCUGGGGCCUCGUCACGCGGUACCACGACGCGUACCUCGCGGCGGCGCACCAGCGAGUCGGCAUCCAGAUUCGCGUGUUCGACGGCUCGGAAUCUCCGGAGGUCCUCGAGCAGAUCACCACGUGCACGCAGAGGGCGAGCCUUCUGCCGGAGGUGCUCGCCGCGGGGGUCGAGCCAUCCGCCGUUCCGCCAACGCCUGCCGGAAUGUCCACAGCCGUGCUCGUCACAUCCCUCAAGGCCUGGUACUACGACAAGAUCAAGAGCAUGUACUGGGAGCACGCGACGGCGAACGGGGAGGCGGUGGGCGUGCACCAGCCAAGCCACGAGGAGUACCAGCAGUUCGGCACCAAGUCGCACGACGCCAAGGCGUUGGCGGAGAUAUACCUUCUGAGCCUCACCGACGUGGUGGUGACCAGCGGCUGGUCGACGUUCGGGUACGUGGCGCAGGGCCUCGGCGGCCUGACGCCGUGGGUGAUGUACAGGCCGGAGAACGCCUCCAUGGUGCCGGACCCGCCGUGCGUCCGUGACCUGUCCAUGGAACCGUGUUUCCACUCGCCACCCUUCUACGACUGCAGGACCAAGCAGGGUGCAGACACCGGGAAGAUUGUUCCGCAUGUCCAGCAUUGCGAAGACGUGAGCUGGGGGUUGAAACUGGUUCCUCGUAAUGCAUAG